AUGCUUAACUGCAUCGACAACUCCGGUGCCGCCGUCGUCGAGUGUGUCGCGGUUAUGCGAAAAAAGGUGCAGCAUGCCAGGAUAGGUGACAGAAUCAUCGUUGUCGUCCAGAAACAGAAAUCCUUCGGCCCAGAAACCCCUGGCGGAUCAAGCUUGAGUAUCGCCAACAAAGUACGGCGAGGAGACAUUCGGCAUGCCGUGGUCGUCAGAGCAAGAAAGGAGGAGCGGCGGAAAGAUGGAGGUCUGAUACGGUUUGACGACAAUGCCUGUGUCCUCAUCAACAAAAAUGGCGACCCAAUCGGAACACGGUUGUCAAGUAUAGUGGGAGCUGAAUUACGGGAAAAGAAGUGGUCCAAGAUCUUGUCUCUAGCACCGAUGCACAUCUGA